AUGCGCCUUGCCUCCGCCUCCUCUGCAAUCUCCACAGUGACGGGAGGCGGUUCCCAUGGCAGCCAGCCUCCAGCUUUUGUCCUGCCGCCUCGAAACGCUCGGGUCGCUCUGGGAGGAGACGCCCGACUGGAGGGCAAGGUGAGGACACAUAGCCCCACACCUACCAGCCAUCACAGUUCAACAUUGCACUUCCUGUACAACGCCGCCAUGGCGUUUAAUGGUAAGGGAGGAAGACGGGAAUCAUCAGUUAUGGCGUCCUAA